UCUCACUCUCACACACACUCUCUCUCUCUCUCUGUAGCUCUCUCUUGGCGCGAGUUCUACCAUGGCCGAAUCAGAUCCUAUAUUGAGGAAGAAGAUGCGAUUUUCGUCUUCUUCAGUUCGUUAUACUACCUCUCAGAACCUUAUGGCAAGCAAAUUACGAACUCAGAGCAAUCGUUCCUCCGUUCGAUUUGCAUCCCCAUUGUCUCACAUUGUCACGGAUCUUCGUCACCAUCAUGCGUCACCGAUCAAAGGGAAAAUUGUUACUCAAAUGCCCCGAACUUGUUCUCGUGUCACCGUGAAGAAUCUGUGUCUCAGACGCGUAUUCUCUCCUAGUUCCAUCUCUAGUGAUUGGGACUUUCAUGUGAAAGGGGGAAAUCUAACCAAGGAGCUAAAUGUGGAAUCUCCUUGCGAUACUCCGAAUUCUAAUGUUAUGAGAGAAGGAAGCAAAUAUCUUGUUGAUGGAUUAGUGGCUACUGGAGGUGAUUUAGAAGUAGUGGAAUGCUCACAAACGACGCCACCGGAUUUAGGAAUGUUCACCGGUGAGCUUUCUUUGGUGAAAAAUGAAGCAGGUUCUAUCAAUCAAGAGAUCAGUGAGGUCUCUGGGAAGAAAGUUGGUACCAAUCUCGGCAGCAAAGUGAUUCGUCAUCCGGAAAAGAUUUUCAAGAACCCUGGCUCUGUGAGCUAUAGAAGAAUGCUUCCUUACUUGAUGGAAGCUGCAGAUGUUACCCGAGAUGGUGAUGCAAAAGAUCCUAAGGAUGAAAGAGGUGAAUUGAUGGCAGCAAAUUACCGACUUCCUGAAACCGUAUCUGCCAAUAGCUUUGUUAAAGCUCAUGGAAACAAUAGCCCUUUCAAGAAGAUGACUUCAUCCAGUGGCAACAAAAUUUCUCUGUGCUGCCGGCGCAAGCUAUUUAAAGUGCCAGGUUCUGUAAAUUACAGAAGAAUGCUUUCAUAUCUCAAAGAGAACUCAGAGGAUAAUCAUGGAACUCCUGAAACCACGCAUACAGAUCCUCAGAAGAAUAUAGAGGAGAAUGCUUCAGCUAUUGAGGCUAAAGGGGCAUCAAAUGAAGUUACAGAUUUAGAUACAUGCUCUAACAACGUUGAGACGCCACUAGCUGAUCCAAAGAAUGAGCAAGAAACUCAACUUUUGUUAGCUGAGUUUAGCUGUUAGUGUUAAUCAGUUAGUAACAAAGUCAUGUAUAUAGGGUUUAAGCGUAUUUGACUUGUUUACACAGAGCUUGUUCAUCUAGGUACUUGUAGUUGUAGGUCAAAGAACUGAAACGAAAACAUUAGAGGUACCUAUGCAUUAGACUUGUUGAUUCUUAUGUCUCCAUAUUUUUCUGAUUGUCCUUUAUUGGUAAGUGAAAGACAAUAGUAGUCUCUUUAAAGGUUUAAUUUCAGUUGUUUUAUAUUUUGAAACCAGGAAUGCUUUAUUGAUCUUGACAAUGUACAAUGGAAUAACAGAGGAAUUUAAGAAUUGCAUCAAACAAGCAGAGAAAUAUGAGGUAAUAUGUGUUCAUCAGACUCUGGACUUCUUGCAUUCUGGAGGGAAUCCACGAGGGAACCUUUUGAGAUCAGAGCAAUAAUUAUAGAUCAUGAAGUAUUUCUGAACCCAUCUGAGUCUCCUCCUGCCAUAAGCAUUGAGCUCGGUUGCCACUUGCAAUUUACCAUCACCAAAAGAACUCUUGAAUUUAGGGUCACAUCCUGAAGAGGCUGUGCAAGCCGCAGCGUUGAAUCCUCUGUAGUAAGCUGUGAAAGGA